AUGGAUACUCCAAAUCCAGCAUUAAGAGAGGGAUCAGAAGAAGUUCUUCCUGUAAAAUUUGUUGUUGAGCAAGAGCAUGCACCAGCAACAACAAACUUACAUACACAACAUGUUCAAAGAGAACCUAGAAAUACAACUACUCCCAUAUGGAUGAAGGAUUAUGUGACUACUACAAAGUUGUCUGGGAACUCCAAACUGGUUAUAGUGAGAACAGUUAUCAGUGUUGUUGCUUCUAAAUAUUGGCCAUUGUUUCAAAUGGAUGUCAAUAAUGCCUUCUUACAAGGUGAUUUCACAGAAGCGGUCUAUAUGGAUCUACCUCUAGGGAUUUCACAAACAAGGGGAGUACAAGGUUUGAGUGGAUACAGACCAGUGGCAACUCCAAUGGAGCUCAAUCAUAAGCUAACUACUGUGGACUAUGACAACCAUGUUGGGAAUACAGAAGAUAAGCUAGAUAUAAGCUUUGUUGUGCAAGUAUUGAGUCAAUUUAUGCAGAAUCCUAAACAAUCAGACUUAGAUGCAGUCUUAAGAGUGGUGAGGUAUAUCAAGGAAUCCCCUGGCUUGGGUUUACUGCUGAAGAAAAGAGAAGCAAACAAUCUAACAGUAUUUUGUGACUCAGACUGGGCAGCAUGCCCAAAUACUAGGAGAUCAACUACGGGAUACAUUGUCAAACUAGGAGACUCUCUGUUGUCCUGGAAGUCUAAGAAGCAACAAACAAUCAGCAGAAGCUCAGUAGAAGCAGAAUAUAGGAGCAUGGUUGGAGCAGUUGCAAAGACAAUUUGGAUGGUUGGCUUACUAGAAGAAUGCAAAAAUAGUGUGAUCAAACCAGUGCACUUGCACUGUGACAGCAAAGCUGCUUUGCAAAUAGCAGCUAAUCCCAUAUUUCAUGAGUGA